AUGGUACAAAUGAUGGUGCAAAGCUACAGGAGGUCCCUCCAAGAGUUUUCAGAAAGUCCAGUUAUGUCAAGAUGCAAGAGUCUCAGCUCUUCCAACUCGUUUACUGGUGCACCCCAGAGCAUCACUGAAUGGCUGACGCUCUGGGAAAAGGAUCCAGUGGAGAUUCUGCUUGAUCUGGGCUUUGGUACAGAAGAACCUGAUGUCUGCACUAAAAUCCCUUCUCGGUUCCUCAGUGGUGCUUCUGUAGCGAAAGGGAUCAACAUCCGAGUCUUCUUGGAAGCUCAGAAGCAGCGGAUGGACAUUGAGAGGCCAAACCUAUAUGAACGUUUUCGACAGCUGGAAGUACUUGACCAUGUAACGAGUGCACUCUCAUCGUUGCUGACUGGCAUCAAUACCCAGCAGACCAAUCUCCCGGAUACUACAAGAAGCAGACCUGUGGUGACACAAGCGAAGCGGAGAAGAAUAGGACAGUUCCUGAAAAGGGCUUCUCAGCAGACACUGCUGCUGAAACAGGGCUCACUGGCACCUGGGGAAGCCAACUUGCCCAGCAGGAAAGAGCAACCCUGUUCUAGUGCAGAUACUGCUGAGAGGGGAACAGUCCAGAUUCAGAGUUUUGAGGAUGAAACACUGUAUGGAAAUGCUCCUGACAUCGCUUUAGCAGACGUGAUGGUGACAAGAACAAGCAGCUGCCAAUCAGACAGCAGUGGGUUCAUGGAGGAGCUGCCAGAACCUGCAGGUUUACAAAAUGUUUCUUCAUCAGGAAAGAUUAAUUUUCUUUCUGAUAUCCAAAAUCAAGAAAAAGCUGUAUCACACAGGACAGGUUUUCCUACAUUAAAUCAAGAUUUUCAACAAGAGCCAGAUGAUUGUGUUGCUAAGGUCUUUAUAGCAGCUUGUGAGAGCAUUUUGACAGUACCUGGAUCAAUGAAAGCAUACAGCAAUCAGGGAGAAGAGACUCAUCUCCUCCUGACCUCAGAAAACAGCACUUAUCAGGCAUGUAAAACUGAGGCACAGAGUUUUGUCCAAGAAAUGGUAUGUGACGAGGACAAGAAAGAGGAGAAGACUGAAAGAAAGCAACUGGAAAAAGAGAGGUGCAUAGAAGAGCAGAGGCCUUGUUUGCAGGGUGAUAGUGAGGAUGAUUCUGGCUCUUCCAAGUUUGAUUAUUUAUAUUUUAGUAAAGGACACAAAAAGGCAAAUGUAACCUUUACUGAACUGAGUGAUCUAAACCUUGCAGUCAUCAAUGAGAACAAAAUUAGAGGUGAAGAUGAAUGUAAGAAGUUCUGGACUGAAAAGAACAUUGGAGUUACACCCAAUGAAUGUGCUCAUGGAGGCAGUACAGGACAUGUUAAAGGACCAUGGUGGGAUGUGGAAGUUGCCAGCAAAGAUGAUACCCUUCUUGCAGCAAAUGAAGUGACAAACAGGCAGAAGUUGUGCAAAAUGGAUGUUGAUUCAAAAAAUACAAGAUGCUCCCCCAAAAUGGGGGUCCCAGAAAGCCUGCAGUGGAGCUCAGCACCACAGAGUGGGAGCAGUGUGUCUUCUCUGCAAGUAUCACAGAGGCAUCCCUCCUGCCUAGCACAAAGGCCUGGAUUAAGUUCAUCUGAAGAUCAAGAGACUGGUAGCACAGGGGAGAUGUUAGGUGCUAAUAAAUCAGAACAAGGAGACACUGUCCAAAAAGGUGAAAUGUCUUCUGCUCCCCUGAAAUCUGUUACUGUUCAGAUGUCUUCAAGGCUGGAGUUUACUCCAAGAGCAAAGUGCACAGGGCAGAAUGCUCCUCUUGAUGAGUGCCUUGAUAGGGAAGAUCCUGUGGACUUCUCCAACAUGUUAGCGCACUGUUCUGAGGGAGCUGCUCUCCUACAGUCAGACCCAGGGGCUUUGAAGGGUGGUGUGAAACAGACCACGGAAGCCUCCAGCCAAACUGACAUCCCCGCCAGGAAACCACUAUUUUGUUCACCGCAUACUCAUCUGACAAAAUCAGCCUCUCUUGACAGCAUGGUUUGUGGCAAAUACAGGUCAUACUAUGGGGGUGAAGCCUCUGGCAGCAGGAGUGUGCAGGGCAAUCACUGCUGUCACUGCUGCUGUUGCCAUGGCUGCUGCCCAUGGACCUUCCCCGUGGCUGUCUCUCCCCAGCACCCAGUAGGCUGCUGCUCAAACCAUGUCAGUGCUGAGCUGUACCUCCUGAAAACAUUGAUGCUCCUACAGGACCCUGCAACACAUAACUCUGCUCUGUGCACCCUCAAUGAGAUAGAAGUGAUGAAGAGCUCCUGCCAGCACUUCCAGGAGAAGCUGGAUGAGAUUGAACAGCACCUGAUAGAACAGCAGGCACUGUUUUCCAGCACUAUGCCAGAUGAAGGAAGGGAGGAAGCCAGACACCUGCAACUCUUACGCCGAGCUGUUCGUCAGGAGGUUGCAGAGCUGGAAUUUCAGCUGAGGGAUCAAGCUUGCCAGGUCAGGGAGAGCAUCCUUAUGCAGCUGGACCAAUUACUAGCAGAACAAUCCCAUCUGUUUUCCGAGCUCGGACUCUCUGAUUGGAAGGGAGAAAGGAAAGCCCAGAAUAAACAAACGUUUCCAGAUGCUGCUGACACUGAGCAUCCUCGAAGUGGGUGCUCAGAAAUGGUGCUUCCAAGAGCUCCUAGCAAAACCACAACAGCAACAGGCUCCUCUGCCCCACAGCUGGAGGCACCCUCAAUGCAGUUUCCCACCAGGACAAUGACUGAGUCAAAUUCAGUUAAGUCUGCCCCACAGGAGCUCUCUACCAGUGCAAAGGAAAUAAAAGGAACUCCCCAAGCAAAAAGGGCCUUUAAGGCAUUUAUACACAAUGUGAAGAAAUCUUCCCAAAAUUCUUUAGGUAAUGAUUCAGCAGAAGGAAAAGACUGAUAGAGGACAGACUUUUGGAUUUUGUUUCUAGUAAAUGUGAUGGUUUUCCUGAAAUGCAUGGUGUAUCUCAGAAACAAAGGAACCAAACAUUGCAUUAUAGAAUGUUCUGAUCACAGCAGGUUCAUUUGCAAUGUGAUGACUGGCCAAGAAAAGCAGGUAUUU